AUGUCUCAAGAACAAAACGCUGGAGUACCGUCUCAAAUUUCUACUGAUGCGGUGAUUGCAAGUAUUAGUUUGAGAAACAUCCUUACUCGUGUUAUCGAGCAGAACCCUGAUUAUAGUGGCGGCUAUCUGGGAGCUGCAAUUUACGAGCAAUCAAAGACAACUAUUCAGCUGUUGAAGGAUGUCCUCGAAGACCAGGAAUACAACUCUUUGAACGCGUUGUUAGAACAAGAGGAACCAACUACCAUAUUGGCAAAUAAAGCACAAGAUAUCCGUUUCAUACGCCAUAUAUCGGAGUUGUGCGGCGUGAGGUUACCUCAGCUAGACAUCUUUGUGGAAUCUACUGACCUAGAGGGCUCAAGUUCGACUCUCUCAACGAAUCCACUUGACCCCAGCACUGAGACAUCUACAAAUGUAGAUGAAAGUGACACAACGACUGAACACCCUGGCCCACCAGCACAGAAAAUCAAGAAUGAUUUGUUGGAAAACCCGAAAUGUAACAUCGUUCCUGACGGCGAAAAGGAAGAUGGAGAAGAUGAAGAAGGAGAGCCGGAUCGACCCACUCUUAUUUUCCUAGCUAAUAACACCUUUAACUUCGAGACAGCUUUCAAACGUAUCUCUGAGCUGUUUGUAGAAGAAAGCGCAAACGAAGCCGAAAACCAUCUCACAACCAGAUUUCGCAUUGAUAUGUCAUGCCGAAAUAUGGUUCGUGCUAUGGGUGCCUUGCUGAAGUAUAUGGAUUCUGCACGCAUCGGAGUCGAAUUCGAAACCGCUAACGUUCGCACCCCAGUGACCGCUAUCAAAACUAUAUCCAUCGAUGAGAUGGUUGAGAUUGACAGUAAUACAUACCUCGCGUUGGAUAUUUUUCUCCCAAACGAACACAAGAGAGCUGCCAAAGCUAAGUCAGAAUGUAAAUCUCUGUUCGGCCUGUGCAACAAGUGCAGAUCAGCGCCUGGGAAACGCAUGUUGAGGAAAUGGUUCGAGCACCCUACCACAAAUCGCGAGGUUCUCAGUGAAAGGCAGGAAGCGAUUUCGUAUUUUCUCCAGGAUUGCAACAUGGAGCUCACAGGAAAGCUGCAUACCCUACUUGGUUCAUUAAGAAAUAUGAGGUACAUUCUCAAUCAGCUGCGCAAUGGCACCGCAAAAGUGCUACAAUGGGAUAACCUGUACAAGACGAUAUCAAGCUCAGUGAUGAUCGGUCGAUAUUUGGAAACCAUGGGAUCUCCACUGAAGUUGCUGAAAGACGACAUUGGCUUUUAUGGGGAUGUACUAGAGGAAACUUAUGUUGUGCUGAAUGCUAUGAUUGAUUUCGAAGAGUCUUACUCAGAGAACCGUCUUGUGAUGAGCCCAGGCGUUGACCCGGAACUUGAUGAAGCGAAGAGGCUCUACCGUAACCUGCCAUCUCUUCUCACCCAGGUGGCUCAAGAUGAAUUUAGUCGAUUCAAAGCGGAGACCUGUUCGGUUGCUUAUGUGCCUAUGAUAGGCUAUCUUGUCGCAUUGCCUCACAACUUUCCCGUUGAGAAAUUCGAAGAUGUAGAUAUAAUCUACUCCACGAAUCACACUAUACAUGCCAAAAGCGAAAGAAUGAGAUCGCUGGAUGAGGAGUAUGGAGAUGUUAAGAUGAGAAUAAUUGACAAAGAGACAACUAUUACUCUAAGGAUGUCAUCACUGAUUCUUUCUCGAUCAGCGCUCCUUUUCGGUAUAGAAAGAGCUGGUGCUCUACUGGAUGCAGCUAUAUCGCUGGCAUUGACGGCUAGACAGUUUGGUUGGAAUCGUCCAAAAUUUGUCGACGAGCCCAUUAUCGACGCUGUGCGAGUUGUUCAUCCAUUGUCUCAGCUCGUUACAGAACAUUUUGUUCCAAACCCAAUUAGCUCUGGAGGUGAUUAUUCAAAAAUCAAGAUCUUCACUGGACCAAAUGCAUGUGGAAAAAGUGUCUACCUAAAACAGGUCGGCGUUCUUGUUUUUCUCGCUCAUAUCGGUAGCUUUGUACCAGCUGAAGUUGCCCAUGUUGGUAUUGUCAAUCGCAUUUUGUCAAGAAUUUAUACCAUUGAUACUGCCCUAGAUGGCUUGAGCACCUUUGCAAAAGAUCUAGAUCAGAUCUCUCUUGCGCUCCGACGUGGCAAUGAACGAUCCCUUGUGAUUAUCGAUGAGUUUGGGAAAGGAACAAUGACGGAGGUCGGCCUUUCACUACUAGCAUCGACUCUGUCUUAUUGGGCUGCAAAAGGUCCGCAAGGAUGUCCUCAUAUAUUCGUUGCUUCGCAUUUCCAGGCUUUACCUGAGUUGGUCAACGAUGAGUUUGACGUCAUAUCGUAUCAUACUAUGGAAGUGAUGAAAAAAGGGGCCGAACUGAACUUCCAGUAUCACUUAGUCGACGGUUUGGUUGAUUCGUCAUAUGCAGCUUAUACGGCGUCUAAAAUGGGUGUAUCUCAAGAUAUCGUGGAUCGCGCAAACAAGAUUUAUGAAUUCAUCCGUGGUGGUCACGCUUUGUCCGACUUGUCUAGCCUAGAUACUGAAGAAGAUGUUAGGAAUCAGUGGUUGUUGGAUGCAAUUGUGGAGAUACAGCCUCAGUUUGAAGAUUGGGACAUACGUGCAGAAGUGGACGGCUUGCUGGAAAUGCUUGAAAAGUACAUUUUUGAACCAGAUGAAAAAAUUCAGCAAGACAUGUCUCAGAAAAGCGACUCCACAAACGAUGAACAGCAUUCGGAAGGGGAAGCUAGAGUUGUGGAGAACGAAGAAGAUGAUUCGGACAGUCAAGUGGACAAAGAAGAGGUCGAGCAAUCAACAGUUUCUGAAGAUGAAAAUAUCAGAUCGCACCAAGUCGCAGACGGCACCAUUCUUGACAUGCCUCCCAGCGCAAUGUGCAACAAGAGCAAAAGUAAGGACCGAAGUAAUCUCUCCGUCUCUUUCGCUGUGGAUAUGGUUAAUACCGGAGGCACAGCAGCAUUACCAAACGCGGCUUCGGACUCGGAAAAUGUGGAGGAUAUAAAGCGCAUAGUUAUUGCGGAUUCUGAUGAUGAAACAACAGAAACAGAUGACGAGGAAAAACCGACUAGCAAGAAUAGCCAGUCAAGGGCAUCUGAGGAAAAGGUUCUGCCAAAAAACGCAGAAUUGAAGCGCCAACAAUCGCCAUCCUCGGAAGUGAUUCAAAGGAAGAGGGCUCGUUCAUUCUAGUUAUCUGGUGUUUACAGUAAUCUCCAAGUGUUUGCUUAUCAUAUGAGUUUUCAUAGGUUCUAGAAAUGUUUUCUCUUCUCCACCAGAUCUUACCCCUUUUUAUUGUAUAAUUUGCCGUUUGUAUAAUGUGACUUCUGUCCACGCAAGCACUUCUUGUACAUUUCCUCACGUAGCGAAAUGGCAUUCCAGCCGUUUCUGAGGGUUAUAGACUCGCAGUGGCUAUGUUUCAUGCUUCGUUAGCUUCGAGCUCAGCGCGAGUCGUGACGAGGGAGGUACUCAUUAAUCAUAAACACUACUCGACUAUGAUGCCUGCUUCCUACUCAUAUUAAACAACUUAAUAUUCUUUUC